CAUGGAGAACGACUCGUCAGUGGCCACUCUCGGUAGAUAGAGUUAUUGUCCCAUCAAACUUUCCAGUCCGCCCCCUCUGUCCCGGAUCUUGGUGUAGCGGUAGGGUGCCUCCCUCCCUGACUUACCAUGCUACUUUACCGUAAUAACUACACCACGCAAGUCUUGUUUGCUCCCGCCCACGUGCUGCAAACCAGACCCCCCGCUCCCCUUCAACCUGUGAUACGGUACCCCCCCACAGGGAAAACGCUCUGCUCGAGUACCCUGCGAACCUACCGUACCAUGUCUCAUUAUGCAUAUCUCGCUAUAUUGAAACCUUACGAGUCUUAUUUUGUCGUGAAUAAUAAGGUGAUUACAUGGGGGAUCUGGAUGCACUCUCGGUCGGUAAGCGGUACAAAUCUAACCCCGGGACCGGACGCGCCGCUUGUACUUGGGGCUAUUUGGGUGAGACUGCAUCUCAUCGCCCGCUGAAGAUAGCGUCGAGCAGUGCGGGAUACGCAGCGCAAGUACCGGUACUCGAGGAGGGGAAUUACAGGCAGCCCUCCCAAGUACUGGAGUAAGCGAGCAGGCAAAGUGGGUAAGAGGGAAGGAGGAGUGACAGAAUCCUAAAUAACAAGUCCCUGCUUUGACCCAUCCUCCGUGGGUGAGCGGUGCACUCGGAUUCGCUACCUUCCGCAGGGUGCAGUGUGCAUCAACUCAGUGUAGCCCACUACCGUACUCGAGCACUUUAUACCGGUGCUUUUGAAAUCUUUCUUUUCUUCUUGGUUGCUGCGGGCUGCAGGUUUUUGGAUGGCAAACCUCACCUCCACGGAUAUCUAUGUUUCAUAGAAAUCAAUAUGGUAGGGGGGGUAAAGGAAAAAUAUCUGGCUUGCAAAUCCGAUCUCAAGGGCUCCUGCAAGGUGGCAGGAAAGCUUGGCCCUGGGGGGGAGGGGGGGGGGAAAGCAGACACCUGGAGGAAAUGAUUGUUUACCAAACUGAGUUUGUAGUCUUAUCGCCGCUUUUUCGCCCCUCCAACUCCAACUCCACCACCACCAUCAUGCUACGGUACGUUGACAUGCUCUGCCCCACCUCCCCAUGGUGUCGGCAGAUUAUCCCCUAGCUCGGUGCGCUACUGACUGGUGACGGGGUUGACAUAUAUAAGGGCUGCCCUGAUUCCCCUUCUCGUCCCUUUUUCCCCCACAGAGCCGGAAAACCAGAGAAGCAAUCCUCCAGAUAUUCUUCCUCGAGCCCAACGCGCUAUAUCAGAGAGCCGUCCUACUCCAAUCUUCCGAAGUAAUUACCCAGAAUUAUACGAACCAAAACCUCUUACCAUCCCCAUACAAUCAAUCGGAAUGUCUGCCCCCUCCGCUUUCACCGCUCCCAAGACCCAUGCCAUCCGCAAGCCCACGGGCUUCCUUGCGCUUGGCCCGGUCCACUCUACCUCCUUCCCAAAGGCACCAGCAUCCCCCAAGCUCUCUCCCACAACUGCCGCCAUUGAUGCCGUUAUCGACGCUCCGCCGCUUUCCCCCACCCAGAAGGCAAUCCACAGAAGCAGCUCCACUUCCUCCGUUGGCAGUGUCGCCGAGAAGCGACUAUUCCUCAAGCUAGGGCCAGUCCACUGGGGUGGUGCCAUCGGAGAGAAUGACUACGCCAUCGAGGAUUAGUUCAUGAUCCAAUAAGUCCGAACACGAUUCCUCCCGUCAUAUAUUUUACUCUAUUUUCAAGGACGGGGUCGAAGGGGGGUGCCUCACACACACACACACACACACAUUUCUUAUAAAUACCUUGACGGCAUCUUGAUGUCCCUUUUCUUCUUUUUUUCCCCUCUUCUUUUCUUUCCAUCGAUCCCAUUUUUCUC